AUGAGGCGGGGUCGGGCUCCCGCAUUCCUGCUCGGCGGAGGGGCCGCUCUGCUCCUGUCGCUUCUUUGGAUGCCGACUCUGCUGCCUGUAGCCUCCCGCCUUCUGUUGUUACCCCGAGCCCUGCUGUCUAUGGCUUCAGGAAGUCCCCCGGCCCAGCCCUCGUCGGCCUCGGGCUCCGCCUAUGUCCCCGGCUCGGUCUCUGCGGCCUUUGUCACCUGCCCCAACGAGAAGGUCGCCAAGGAGAUCGCCAGGGCUGUGGUGGAGAAGCGCCUAGCAGCCUGCGUCAACCUCGUCCCUCAGAUUACAUCCAUCUAUGAGUGGAAAGGAAAGAUUGAAGAGGACAGUGAAGUGCUGAUGAUGAUCAAAACCCAAAGUUCCUUGGUUCCAGCUCUGACAGAUUUUGUUCGGUCUGUGCACCCUUAUGAAGUGGCCGAGGUGAUUGCAUUGCCUGUGCAGCAGGGGAACUCCCCAUACCUGCAGUGGGUGCGCCAGGUUACAGAGUCGGUUCCUGACUCCAGCGCAACGCCACUGGGAUGA